CUCGAGAGGGUAUCUCCGUCAUUCAAUGCAAAACUCCUGUAAGAAGGUCCUUCACUCCUGACUCCAGAGCGUUUCUCUAACAUCGAUUGAGGAGGAGCAGGAGCUCCCUCUCCUCUCAGCAACCACUCCUCUUCGUCUCUCCGCUCUCUCUGUUGCAGAUAUGGAUAGUGGUGCAGGUCCAACUUUAUUCCCAUUGCACCGCUGCAAAACUCUUCACCUGGUAAGGCAUGCUCAAGGGAUCCACAAUGUUGAUGGAGAGAAGAAUUACAAGGCAUAUUUGUCUCCAGAGUAUUUUGAUGCACAGAUUACUCCACUAGGCUGGCAGCAGGUUGAUAAUUUACGAAAACAUGUCCAUGCAUGUGGGCUUUCCAAGAGGAUUGAUUUGGUCAUUGCUUCCCCUUUGCUAAGGACAUUGCAAACAGCUGUUGGAGUGUUUGGUGGCGAAGGCUAUGUGGAUGAGAUGGAUAUAAUACCGCUGAUGGCGGCAAAUGCUGCAAAUAGUGGCCGAAAUGCGAUUUCAAGUUUAAAUUGCCCACCAUUCAUUGCUGUAGAACUUUGCCGUGAACACUUGGGAGUCCAUCCUUGUGAUAGGAGGAGAAACGUCAGUGAAUAUCAAUUCCUGUUUCCUGCAAUCGACUUUUCACUGAUUGAAAGUGAUGAAGAUAUAUUGUGGAAGCCCAAUGUUAGAGAGACUAAGGCAGAGCUUGCUGCCCGGGGAUUGAAUUUCAUGAACUGGUUGUGGACACGCAAAGAGAAGGAGAUAGCCAUAGUUACCCAUAGUGGAUUUUUGUGCCAUACAUUGAGUGCAUUUGGCAAUGACUGUCACCCUUUUGUGAAGAGAGAAAUCAGUAAACGGUUUGCCAAUUGCGAGCUUCGUUCUAUGAUCAUUAUCGAUAGAAAUAUGGCAGGAUCAGAUCCUUCAACUACUAAUUUUCCUGGGAAGAUACCUUACGGGCUGGAUCUACCUAGUGAUGCUGCAGAUGAAAAGCUUGAAGAAGGAUCUAAGAAAAAUCCAGCAGCAUAAGUGGUGAAAAGAAUGGAACAUCUGAUGGCAUUGGUAAAUCGUCUUCUGUCCUCGCUCAAAAGUGCCAUGUAGGAGAAACUUUCUAGGUUCAAUUUCUGACAAUAUUUUCUUAUACAAACUGAAAUACAUGGGCACAAAGUAUUGCAUCAAGCCGCAGAAACAGGCAUAGCUAAAAUCUCUUGAACUGGUUAAGUAUGGAAAUCCUACCCCUCCCCAGCUUUUUCCCAGUUCAUGUUAUUGUAAUAUCAUAUACUCUAUUUUCAUUACCAUGUUCCAAAACAUUAGGAUGUUUUACCGACUUGUCGAUGGAUUAUGCUGUUGAUACACCUUGUGAUCUGAUCAUUUAUAAUGCCUUGUUUAAUGGCAUA